AUGGAAUUCUACCGUGAUGCAACCUGGGUAUUGGAAUUCGUGGAACAGGAGCUCUCUAAAGACAAGAGAGUUGCAGGUUCGUUACAGACCUUGGUACUUACUAGUUGUAAAAGAUAUAAGCUGAAGACAAAUCCUCGUCACAUUUAUGCCAUUGUUAGUAGUACAUGGCAGUAUAGGGAAUAUCUAGAUAAAAUCAUUAAGAAGAGCGGGAUCUUGGAGGACGUACCGAAAAAGAAAGGGAAACCGCUGUUCAAUAAGGAUACCAUAAGGCUCCUAGUACACGACCUUUUACUUUCAAAAUCGAAGCGGAUUCAGAUGGGUAAGCAUCCUAUCAAAACUUUCAUUUUGAAGCAUCAGACUAGGUUAAAGGCUGAGUUGACAAAGCUCAAAGUUAAACUUAAAGUCACCAGUCUGUCGCAGUUAAUCAAAACCGAUGAUGGAGAAGAUGUUACACCGGUUCGUUGGAUCAGAAUUAACCCUAUCCUUGUCAAGGAAAGAUAUGACGAUGUUCUUGCUGAAUUAAACAAGAAAUUCCCACAAAGAGUGAACUCUUGGAAACAAAUCGUUCCUGGGAGCAUAUAUUACGAUGAGUAUAUUCCAAACUUGUUUGGCAUUCAUCCAGGUGAUAAGAUCACUUCGCAUGAGCAAUAUAAGAGGGGGAAAAUUAUCAUUCAAGACAGGGCAUCCUGUUUCCCCGCCCACAUCCUCAAUCCAAACAGUACUGACGUUGUUAUCGAUGCAUGUGCGGCUCCCGGCAAUAAAACCACACACGUUGCGGCACAUAUCUUUGGAGACGUUGACACCAAGGUCGAUUCAGUCAAGAUACAUGCUUUUGAGAAGGAUCCUGAGCGUGCAAAAACUUUACAGAUGAUGGUUGCCACCGCGGGUUGUGCUAAGGGGGUCAAGAUACAUGUUGGUGAUUUCACAAAACUUGGUAAACCAGAACUUUUCCAGAAUGUAACUGGAUUCAUCGUUGAUCCAAGUUGUUCUGGCUCUGGUAUAUUUGGCCGUAAGGCAAUUGAUAAAGUAAACUUGAGCAAGACUGGGUCAUCAAACACCGAUGAAGAUCAGACCUCGGUUGAACCUGUGGAGCAAGAAAAAGAAUUGUUUGAAAAGGAACAAGAUUUGAAGAAUAGAUUAGCCAAAUUAUCAUCUUUCCAAUACCAAAUUGUGAAACACGCCAUGUCUUUCCCAUCUGCUAAGAAAAUAUGCUAUAGUACUUGUUCUAUUCAUGCUGAAGAAAACGAAAGAGUUGUCAUUGAUUUGCUCUUAGACUCAAAGGUCAAGGAAUGGGGUUGGAAAGUAAGAAAGAGAACCGGUGUAAUUCCAACAUGGCCUAGAAGAGGAUGGACCAGUGAAUUUGAAGAGGUGUUUCCGAAAGAGGAAGCAAAAGAGUUGGCAGAAGGGUGCAUCAGGGCUUUACCGAAGGAAGAUGGUGGCAUUGGCUUUUUCGCCGUAUGCUUUGAGCGAGAUUAG